CGGAAAACGCAGGCAGCCGUUAAAGAGCCAGAAAACAAACCAAACAUGGCAGCCCUCCAGCCCGUCUGCCAGCGGCCGGCCCCCGCGGGUCCCCCAGCAGGACCGGACGGCGACGGGGCUCCCUAACCGCCGGGUGCCUGCCUGCGGGUCUCUGCCUCCUCCACCGCUCCCCGAUUUCUCAUUUAAUAUUUUUUUAUAAGCCUGAGAUCAGUCCCAGCAUUUCUCCAGCUGUCCCUGCACGGCCACUCAAGGUACAAUGCUCCUUGGAGAUUGAGGAAUGUAAAUCUGCAAUCAUGAUGGAAGGAUUGAAAAAACGUACCCGAAAGGCUUUCGGGAUACGCAAGAAAGAGAAGGACGCCGAUUCCACGGGAUCGCCGGACAGAGAUGGAUGUGACCGUCAAGAGACCGAAUCGCCACAGAAAAAGACCAACGGUGCUCCAAAUGGGAUCUGUGGAGAAAUGGACUGGGACCGAUAUAAUGCUCCUGACGUGGACGAUGAGGGCUACAGUAUUAGGCCGGAGGAUGACGAAGAGGGCAAGGGAAAGUUUUUCUCAUCCAGUGAUUCUGAAGGGGAGGAUGACCAGCUGAAGAAAUUCAAGAUCAAGAUCAAACCUAAAGAGAGUACCGAAAUUAUCACGCCCUCCAUGGAGGAGCUUAAAGCUUCUAUAGGAAACAUAGCACUAUCUCCUGCCCUAAUGAGGACUAGCCCGAGACGUAGCCCGGGCCUGAUGAAAGCAAAUCUGACUGGUGAAGAGAUUGCCAGACCGAGACGGUCCGUGGUCACAGCGCCCCCCAUUGCAGGUUUCGAAAAUGCGCCCCCAAGAGAUCCAACUCCGAUACCAGAGGACUCGGCCACCUUGUUUGGGCCUCCCCUAGAGACAGCGUUCGAAGGAGAGAAAAUGGAAGCGGUUAUAGACGAGCCCGGUGUGUGGGGUGCACCUCCUACUGAGUCACCUGACUUUCCUGCCGGAACUCCACCUCUGCUUCCACCCAAGAAUGUCUCAGCCCUGCCUCCCUUGUUUGGGCCCCCAUCCGCAGUGUUUGCUGAGAUGUCGAGGAAUGAAGGGGAUGAGCCAUCAGAAGCAGUCAAGCCCUCAUUUGCGGACCUGGACUCCAUCUUUGGACCUGUUAAAGCCCCUGAAUCCAUGGAGGCUGUGGUGGAGAAUAAAUGGAUCAGCUUCAGUGAUGACUCACCUGAGAAACCCCGCCCUCUGGGGGAACAGCCUCCGCCCCUUCCUCAGGCCCCGCCCCCAGACUCACCCCCUCGUGUUCCGGCCACUCCCACUCAGGAGGACAAGUCUGACCAACCCAGAAGCUCCUCCCCAUUGUCUGUUCACAUUAUUCCCCCACAACUUGAAAAUAACCAGGGAGAUCAGAAGAGCCUGGAAGCCACACCAGGCAACGAGAACCUCGCAGGGUCCGCGGCCUCACAGGCAGCUCCUCCCACGUCCUGGGCUGUGGUGUCCUCACCCGAACCCUGCUCUAGCUACGGCCCCGAGAGCGGGUCUUCCUGCCCGGCUCGCCCUUCCACACCUGUGGCUGGCAGCGAACCUGCCCCACCCCCUCCCCCGCCAAGACCCCCCUCAAGACCAUCAGUACCCCUUGGGAAGCCCAGUGCGGGGGAAGGGGCCCCAGUGUUCUGCCCCCCUGUCCCUUCCUGCAGCCCCCCACCCCUGGCCCCGCUGGCACGGGCAGAGAGCACCUCCUCCAUCUCCUCCACCAACUCGCUGAGCGCCGCCACCACGCCCACCGUCAGUAGGGAGCCCACGGGCGCCGUGUCAGAAAAUGACCAGCCUUCGCUGGUAUGGUUUGACAGAGGGAAGUUUUAUUUAACCUUUGAAGGCUGUUCCCGAGGACCCAGUCCUCUCACCAUGGGUGCCCAGGACACCCUCCCUGUGGCGGCUGCCUUCACAGAGACCAUCAACGCCUACUUCAAGGGGGCAGAUCCAAGCAAGUGUGUGGUGAAGAUCACUGGGGAGAUGGUGCUGUCCUUCCCGGCCGGGAUCACAAGGCACUUUGCUAAUAACCCCUCCCCAGCCGUCCUAACGUUCAGCAUAACCAACUACGGCCGACUGGAGCACGUUCUCCCUAACCCUCAGCUGCUGUGCUGUGACGCCACACAAUCCAGUGGUAACUUCUGGGUGAACAUGACCAGCUUGAUGGUCCACCUGAAGAAAGUGGCUGAGCAGAAACCCCAGGCCACGUACUACAAUGUGGACAUGCUGAAAUAUCAGGUAUCCUCACAGGGCGUCCAGACCACACCGCUGAAUCUGGCGGUCAGCUGGAGAUGUGAGUCGGCAUCCACAGACCUCCGGAUUGACUACAAGUACAACGGGGAGGCCAUGAACGUGCCCACGGCGCUCAACAACGUCCAGUUCCUGGUGCCCGUGGAUGGCGGUGUGACCAAACUGCAGGCGGUACUUCCCCCAGCGGCGUGGAAUGCGGAGCAACAGCGGAUCCUGUGGAAGAUCCCGGAUAUUUCACAGAAGUCAGAGAAUGGAGGUGUUGGUUCGCUACUGGCGAGGUUCCAGCUGACGGACGGGCCCAGUAAACCUGCGCCGCUAGCGGUCCAGUUCACCAGCGAGGGCAGCACACUUUCAGGCUGUGACAUCGAGCUAGCGGGGACCGGCUACAGGUUCUCGCUCGUCAAGAAGAGGUUCGCAGCGGGAAAAUACCUGGCAGAUAACUAGUCUGAAGAACAUAAGGAAGAUCAUCUCACUGGACUGGACAGUGCAGACCCUUUUCAAAUGAACAAAAUGACAACUCUUACGUUGAGCCCUUUAUACCGCGUGUCAGGAGGACGCGACGGCCAAGUCAGCAGUGUUACGGCAUAUAACCCGCGUGUAGAGUCGCUGAGAGUCUGAGGGUGUAAUUAUCGUACCUGUAAUGUGUACCCAUCUCUGAGCAUCUGUGUUGUUACGUUUAGACUGCUGGGUUGAUUUCUGAGAUUAGCAACUGUUUAUUUUGAGUGUGUUGUGGUGUCAGAACCAUUUUACUGCAGCUGCCCGACUACUCAGUUCGAACUAAUAUCCAUUCGUCCGCAAAGACGGUUGAAUGGGGCAGCAUCUUACAUUCUGAGCGCCCCGAGGGUGAGGGACCAGUCUUUCCAGAGGUUCCCAGGGUGCUCUGAGGAUCCCUCCUGUUAAGAUGAGGCUGGAAGGGGGAAAGGCUUCCAGGUGACGGUGUUCAAACAAUUUGUCUACUAUUCCUCCAGCACGGCAGUAUUUUUGCCUCCAACUGGGAGCUUAGUAUCUAAACAAUAGUUUACAGAAGGGCUUAUCCAUUAACCCUGUCUACCAAAGCAGUACGCAUAAUUUUAUUAAUAAUAAAUUUGAAAAUAAAGGAGAUGGUGAAGACUGUGUUCAUGGGAGUUUUACUUACACAGAAAUGUUCUGAAAGCAGAAUGAAAAAUGAUUGGUUCAG